GAUUUAAAUAUUGAUUGUUACAACUACUUCUGUAUUUAAAGCUUGUAUCUGACAUUUAAAGGUAUGAUGUGAUCUCAAAAGGGUAGUAACGCUAACGGACAAAAGUAAUCCAUGUCUGGAAAGCACCAUGUUGGAAAGUUCUGCAAAUUAUAUUUGGAAACAUAACAAAACAAAUUUAGCAAGUUGAAAAGUUUCCUGAUUAUGGAUCCAUGGUCAAGUGCCCAAGAUGUUGUAUGCUGCGCCCUAUGUCAAACCCCUGAGACCCCCUUAUACUGUGAAAUUUGUCACAUGAAUCUUUGUAAAGAUUGUAUAUUGAAGCAUGUAUCUGACCCGUCAAAGGUUCAUAAUGUGGUGUCAUUUAAACAGCACUGCACUACUCUGAAUCAUCCGACAACACAAUGUGAUCACCGCAGUGAAAAAUCUGAUUUUUGUAGACUGUUCAUUUCUGAAGAACAGUUAGUGCAUAAACCAGAAGUCCUAUUAAACUCCCUGGAAAGCAAAAAAGUUUUACAAAGAGAUUUGCAAGAAUUGGAGAAAUACAUUUUUCCCAAAUACAAUUCUAUUGCAUCAAGCAUUCCAUUUCAAAAGGCCGAGCUAACUAAAAACUCCAAGAAAUUGAAAACGUUUUUUACUGAAAGAGGAAAACUAUGGCACAACGAAAUAGACAACCUAAUCAAAAACCUGAAAUCUGACCUUGAUGAAAUGGAACACAAACAUUUAGUAGUCCUAAAUAAAAAGGAAUCUGAAAUCAAAAGCACCAUUUCUGAAAUCACAAAGACUAUAGAUUUAAUAAAGGCGUUACUUAAGUCUGCAGAUGUUUGCCGCGUCUUUGAGUACAAAUCUAGGAAUGCUGAAUUCAGAAGAUUGCCUCCAAAACUCAAUGUUUCCUUACCAAAAUUUAAACCUCGGGAAAUCAAAAGAGAUCAGCUUAUGGAACAGUUUGGUUCUCUGUCACAAUUAUCCUUUAGAACAGAAGAAGAAUACUACACAAUGGCGGCCAUGGGAGCAGACUCUUCUACUACAGACCGGUCACUAUUGGAUAUACCGCUGAUCAUAUCAUCUUUUGAUACUAAGAGUACAAAUCUAACCAGUUUGGCCUGUCUGAAUGAUUUAGAGAUUUGGGCGCUUGGUGGGGACAGCAUCAUGAGACUCUAUAGCCACCAAGGGAAAGAACUGAAAUUAAUUGAAACCAAAUCAAAGGAAAAUCCAUGCGACAUUGCAGUGACAAUGAGCGGGGAACUUGUUUAUGCUGACUACAGAGAAAGAACUGUAAAUAUAGUGAGAAAUACAGAAAUACAGUCAGUUAUUUCACUUUUGGGUUGGAAACCUCGCAAUGUCACGAGUACCUUAUCUGGCGACCUUCUGGUUGUUAUGUGCUGUGACGAUUUUAACCAAACUAAAGUUGUGCGUUACUUUGACCUCAAUGAAAAACAAAGCAUCCAGUACAAUGAUAAUGGGAAACCUCUCUAUUCAUCUGGUUGCAUCAAAUACAUAACUGAGAACAGAAAUUUAGAUAUUUGUGUAUCUGACCGCGAUGCCAAUGCAGUAGUAGCAGUCAAUCAGAAAGGGAAAUUCCUCUUUAAUUACACAUUUAGUCCAAAUGCGAAACCAUUUACACCAACUGGCAUCACUACAGACAGCCAGAGCCGAAUCCUAACAGCAGACAGUACCAACAACUGUAUCCACAUCAUACACCAGAAAGGACAGCUCCUCCGCUUGAUUGAAAACUGCAGUUUACUCUCUCCUUGGGGUUUAUCUGUUGACGCCAGAGACAAUCUUUUCGUGGCUGAAAAUGACUCAAGUAGAGUGAAGAAAAUACAAUACUGCAAAUAA